AUGACAGAGAAGAUAUCUAUUACUACUACUUCUACUUCCGCAACUACAGGCGUUCCUCCGGAGCUAUCACCUUAUCACCUCCAUCCGUCCUAUAACCCCGGGGUUCUUAUCACAUCUGUCCUUCUAACUCAUGAAAAUUACAAGGAGUGGUCGACGGAGCUUCGAAAUUCUUUACAAGCUAAGCAGAAACUUGGAUUUAUUGAUGGAACAAUAUCAAAACCAUCGGAGGAUAGUCCUGAUUUAGCACGGUGGCUGGCAGUAAAUUCAAUGAUCGUCGGAUGGAUUCAUACGUCGAUUGAUUCAAAAGUUCGUUCGACUGUUGCACAUGUACCGGAUGCUCAUAAACUAUGGGAAUCUUUGAAAUUGCGUUUCUCUGUCAAGAAUGGGACUAGAGUUCAUCAACUCCAGGAUGCUAUUGCUAACUGCAAGCAGGAUGGACAAUCGGUUCUAGAAUACUACGGCAGGCUCACGAAACUAUGGGAGGAACUUCAGAAUCUCAAAACUAUAUGUACGUGUACAUGUGCUGCGGCUGCUGAUAUUGAAAAAGACAAAGAAGAUGCUUGCGUUCACAAGUUCCUCUUUGGGCUUGAUGACUCACGCUUUAUGUCUAUUAGGUCACGGAUCACAGACGAGGACCCUUUACCUGAUCUUAAUCUAGUCUACUCCAGAGUAAUUCGUGAGGAGCAGAACAUGAUCACAACUCGAUCUACAGAACAACGAACCGAUGCUUUAGGUUUCUCUGAUAAAAACGAGACCUCAAAGGAUCUGUCGUUUUCGGUAAACAACUCUACACCUUCACGCUCAAGGAGUCCAGCUCGUACGUGCACACAUUGUGGCAGGACGGGGCAUUAUAUUUCUGAGUGGUUUCUAGUACAUGGGUUCCCGGAAUGGUAUCUUGAGAGACAAAACAACUCCACCUCUGGUACUCGUGGUGGACGUGGAGGUCGUUCCAACUCUAACAGAGGCCGUGGCGGUCGCGGUCGAGCAAAUGCAACUCAGGCAUCAACUUCUAUCAAUGCUGAUCAGAUUGCGUCCUUGAUCACGCUUCUACAAAACCAACAGAGCAACCUCUCGUCCGAACGUUUGUCUGGUAAAACUACACUUACUGAUGUUAUUAUUGACACAGGCGCAUCGCACCACAUGACAGGCAAUCUCGCCUUACUACAUGAUGUACAUGACAUAUCUACUUCAUCAGUUCUAUGGCCUAAUGGUCGUAACUCUUCGGCCACUAAACAGGGAACUUUGCAACUUAGCAAAGAUUACAUGUUGCAUGAUGUCCUUUAA